AUGGAGGGCAAAAGGGACAUCAAGGAUUGUGUCCUCUGCGGCAAGGCCUGCAAGAAAGCCACCCGCAAGGAUUUCUCCUGUGGUUGUGAUCCCUACUGCACCACUUGCGCGACCGCCUAUCUGAAGUCGUGCAUCUCGAAGCCGUUCCGCAAGCCCAAGUGCGACGGCGGCUGCGGAUCCCAGAAGCCCUUCCCCGAUCUUUGGGCCCGCCAGUUGCUCCGCCGCAAGGAGGCUACGACUUACUUCGACCUCGCCGACGAGGCCGAUGAGGUCUCCAGCAACACCGCCGUGUACUGCCAUGACACUGUCUGCGGCCGCUACAUCCCGCUUCGUUACCGCUUCAAUCUGAACAUCGUUGCCGGCAUCGUCAGCGGCAGUGGUACUUGCCCCUGCGGAAAGCUCACCUGCAUUGGAUGCGGCGACAAGGUUCACCAGGGCGAGACCUGUGCCGAGGUUGAAGCUCGCUGGAAGGCGGAGGGAAAGCUUAAGGAGGAGCUUGAGCGUCAGAGUCGUCGUACCAUGGAGCACUUGAGCAUCAAGCAGUGCCCUGUCUGUCAGUCCCCUGCUGAGAAGGCUGAUGGUGGCUGUAACUACGUUCAAUGCGCGACUUGCGAGAACACCUUUGACUGGGACGAGGCAAGCGUUGUUGAUCACAGCAAGUUUGCCGACGGCAAGCCUGGCGAUGGCAAGCCUGGCGAUGGCAAGCCCGAGGGUAUUGAGUCCGAAGUUGAGAAGUCUGCUUAUGACAACUUGGAGUCCUUCGAAUUCAACCCUUUCGAGGACAAGCCCGCCGAGAAUGAAGUCGCCGAGAGCAACGCCGCCAACGCCGACUCUUCCGAGACCAUGGCUAUCGAUGAGCCUGCCGAAACUAUGUAG